AUACCAUCAUAUCAGCUGCUACUGCUGUGGCUUCAUGUUACUGUCAUAAAUGCAGUCCACCUCUGUCCUCUCCUUGGACCUAGUUGGCCUGCUCCUACAGAUCUCUCUAGCUACCCCACAGUCCAGUCGGCGCUGAAGAACAUCACUAAAACAAUUCAAGAUGCAAGCAACGCUGGAGAGUUUUCUGGCGCCUCUCUUUCUUUGGAAAUAUUUGACUUAAGUAGUUCCGAUGCGUUGCUAAGUUAUGCCCACACGGCCAAGGAAAUCAAUACUACGAUCGGCGUGAGCAAGGUCGACGAGAACACCGUCUUUCGCAUUGGCAGCACUUCUAAAAUGUUUUCUAUGCUCCUACUACUGAUUGAAAGAGGAUUUAGUCCUCUACAAGACCCGAUUGUCAAGUACAUUCCUGAAAUUGGGGCGGCGGCUGCAGAGCUUCUCCGAAAUUCCACGCAAAGAGAUGACGGAAUCGAUUUUACCAACUGGAAUGAAGUGACAGUGGGAGACCUAGCGAGUCAUUUGGCGGGUAUUGCAAGAGAUUAUGGUGUCCUCGAUCUCGCCGAGCAGCCCUCUUUGCUCACAUCACUAGGAUUUCCGACCCUGCCUCCCGCACAGGUUCCACCUUGUGGCGUGCCAAACCCCUGUAGCAGGAAACAGUUCUUUGAUGGACUGCUCCAGUCCCAUCCUAUUGUCCCCACGUCUUCAACGCCAAUCUACUCCAACGCUGCCUUCCAGAUCCUUGGAUAUGUUGUGGAGGUACUUGCUGGUGGCAAGGACUUCGCGAAAACUCUAGAGAAGAACAUUAUUAGACCUCUGGGCCUGGCCCACACCUUCUACAACACGCCCAGCCCUUCGCUUGGCGUGAUCCCUACCUAUCAGGGCGAAUACUGGUGGGACUUCGAUAUGGGUGAAGAGGCGCCUGCCGGUGGCAUUUAUUCAUCCGCCAAGGACAUGUCCACCUUCGGUCGCGCCAUCCUCAAUAGCACUCUUCUUUCCCCCUCAACCACAAGACGGUGGCUAAAGCCGCUCACUCAUACAUCAUCUCUAGACUAUGCAGUUGGUGCACCGUGGGAAAUUCUGUCUUUCGGCAAUGAGCGCCCCAUUGAUCUCUACACUAAGUCAGGAGAUAUCGGCACAUACUCAUGUGUGUUAGCCCUAGACCCCGUUCAUGGUGCUGGCUUUGUCCUCCUCGGGGCUGGCAACAAUACCCAUGUAUCUCUAGCCCUCGCCUCGGAUCUCGUCUCUGCGAGCCUACUACCUGCACUUGAUCAAGCCGCUAAAAGUCAAGCACACACUCGGUUUGCAGGAACAUACGCAGAUGGUGUCAGAAACUCCUCGAUCACUAUUACUACGGAUGACGGCCCGGCGCUAGUCGUUACAAGCUGGUUCAAUAAUGGUACUAACAUGUUCCCAAGCUAUAUGGCCUUGAACGGUAUUACCGAUCCCUCCAUGCUGAGCAUUCGCCUGUAUCCAACCGGUCUUGAGAGUCCAGGACAGAUCUCCUUCCGGGCAGUGAUCCCUCCCCCGCUGCCGACGGGCAUUGGUCCAUUUAGUUCGUCCUGUAUUACGUGGGUGACUGUUGAUGCGCAGGUUUACGGGAAUGUGGGGAUCGAUGAGUUUGUCUUCAACUUGGACAAAAAGCGCAAUGCAGUUAGCGUAUCUCCAAGAGUACUGCGCACUGUUCUUUCAAAGACGAAAUAG